AGCCCAGGCGGGGUGGGGGAAGGGAGGGGGCGGCGCCGAGGGGAAUGAAUAAUUGAAGUAGUGGGGAGGAGGAAGAAGAGAAGGAAGAAGAGGAGGAGGCGGGAGCCGCCCGCACAGGGUCCUCCCAACUCCGCACCCCACCCCCUCCGCCGCCCGGAAGUCGCUCCCCGCCUCCUGCUCCGCCAACAUGGCCGCGAAGUCGGAUGGAGCGGCGGCCGCGGCCGGCCCGGGGCCGGAGGGGGCGGCCGGAGGAGCCCGGGGCAGUGCGGGCGGGCGCGGGGAGGCGGCGGCGGCGGCAACCGGGGGUCCCGGGGUGACCGAGGCGGGAGGCCCGGGGCCGCGCUACGAGCUGCGGGACUGCUGCUGGGUGCUGUGCGCGCUGCUCGUGUUCUUCUCCGACGGCGCCACGGACCUGUGGCUGGCGGCCUCCUACUACCUGCAGGGUCAGCCCACCUACUUCGGCCUCACGUUACUAUUCGUGCUCCUGCCCUCGCUUGUCGUGCAACUGCUCAGUUUCCGCUGGUUCGUCUACGACUACACCGAGUCCGCAGGGGCCCCGGGACCCGCCGUCAGCACCAAGGACAGCGGCGCCGGCGGGCCCAUCAUCAGCACCAAGGACAGUGCCAUCGCCUUCAGGACCAAAGGCGGCAGCCAGGAGCUGGGCCCCCGACCCGCGCCCUCUUCGGCCAGUACCUACCGCCGCCGCUGCUGCCGCCUCUGCGUCUGGCUGCUGCAGACCCUCGUUCACCUCCUGCAGCUCGGCCAGGUCUGGAGGUACCUGCGUGCCAUGUACCUGGGGCUGCAGAGCCGCUGGCGCGGGGAGCGGCUGCGGCGCCACUUCUACUGGCGGAUGCUGUUCGAGAGCGCCGACGUGAGCAUGCUGCGCCUGCUGGAGACCUUCCUGCGCAGCGCGCCACAGCUGGUGCUACAGCUCAGCCUCAUGGUGCACCGCGGCGGCGUGCCCGACCUGCUGCCCGCCCUCUCCACUUCCGCCUCGCUCGUGUCCCUGGCCUGGACGCUGGCCUCCUACCAGAAGGUGCUGCGAGACUCCCGGGAUGACAAGCGGCCCCUGUCCUACAAGGGCGCCGUGGCCCAGGUGCUGUGGCACCUGUUCGCCAUCGCGGCCCGCAGUCUGGCCUUCGCUCUCUUCGCCAGCGUCUACAAGCUCUACUUUGGCAUCUUCAUUGUGGCCCACUGGUGUGUCAUGACCUUCUGGGUCAUCCAGGGGGAGACGGACUUCUGCAUGUCCAAGUGGGAGGAGAUCAUCUACAACAUGGUGGUGGGCAUCAUCUACAUCUUCUGUUGGUUCAACGUCAAGGAGGGCCGCAGCCGCCGCCGCAUGACCCUCUACUACUGCAUCGUCCUGCUGGAGAACGCUGCGCUCACCGGCUUCUGGUACUCCAGCCGCAACUUCUCCACCGACUUCCACUCGCUCAUUCUGGUCUGCGUGGUGGCCUCCAGCUUCGCCCUGGGCAUAUUCUUCAUGUGCGUCUACUACUGCCUCCUGCACCCCAAUGGGCCCAUGCUGGGUCCGCAGACGCCUGGCUGCAUCUGCCCUGAGUCCCCAGGACCCUGCGGCCCACCAGCCGACGCUGUCACCAGUCCCCCCAGGUCCCUGCCCAGGACUACAGGCGCUGAGCGGGAUGGGGUCUCAGUGGGAGGCGAGCGUGCGGGGACCCCCACGCCACCUGUCUUCCAGGUUCGGCCAGGCUUGCCUCCCACACCCGUGGCCCGCACCUCGCGGACAGAGGGGCCUGUCAUUCGGAUUGACCUGCCUCGUAAGAAGUACCCCGCCUGGGAUGCUCAUUUUAUUGACCGCCGGCUCCGGAAGACCAUUCUGGCGCUGGAGUACUCCUCGCCCACGACGCCCCGGUUGCAGUACCGGAGCAUAGGCACCGCCCAGGAGCUGCUGGAGUAUGAGACCACGGUGUAGGCCACAGUAUCCCCCCCAGAAGGGAUGAGCUUUGGCUGACCCCACAUCGACCACAGUGUUGAGCCCAGGAUUUCAGGGCCAAUAGGCUGAGGGGGAGUGGAUCUGUUGGUCCAAGGGUAGAGUGGCCCCACCUUUGGCUUCUUUCGUGGGAGGCAGCAGCCUUGUAGAGGCCCCAGCCCUUGGCUCUGUUUUCAGCCCUGUGGCCCAUUUCCUAAACUCCUCUGAACCAGGGCCCAGGGAACCAACUGGUGCUAUGCUCCUUGUGAGCUGCCCUGCUUUCAUGGAGGCCUCC